AUUUUAUAUGUUUGAUGAUGGCUUAUACAGAUUCUAAGGGAAAAUAAUUUCAAAGAAACGAUAGAUAGAGUGAAGAUAGAAGACGAUGAGGAGAUUACAUCUCAGAAAACUACGCUCGCAAUGAAGAGAGCUGUCCAUUACUUAGCAGCUUUGCAGACUAGNCAUGGUCAUUGGCCAGCUCACGUCGGUGGUGGCCUAUUUUUUAUCCCUCUCAUGGUCAUUUCCUUGUACGUUAUUGGACAUCUUGAUUCUGUGUUUUCAGAAGAACAUCGCAAAGAAAUUCUUCGUUAUGUAUACUAUCAUCAGAACGAAGAUGGAGGUUGGGGAUUACACAUAGAGGGUGAGAGUGUGAUGUUUUGUACUACACUUAAUUACAUAUGUAUGCGAAUUCUGGGAGAAGGACCAAAUGGAGGUCUUAACAAUGCUUGUGCUAAAGGAAGAAAGUGGAUUCAUGAACAUGGCACUGUNACUCAUAUACCUCAAUGGGGAAAAUUCUGGCUUUCAGUUCUUGGUAUUGUUGAUUGGAGUGGAUGCCAUCCUUUGCCACCCGAAUUUUGGAUGCUUCCUAAUUUUUUUCCNAUGCAUCCAGGAAAAAUGUGGUGUUAUUGUCGAUUGAUAUAUAUGCCCAUGUCUUAUCUAUAUGGAAAAAAAUUUAGGGGUCCAAUCACAUCAUUAAUUCUGAAUUUGAGAGAAGAGCUGUUCACUGAACCAUAUAAUGAAAAUAUUUGGAAGAAAGCACGUCAUAAGUGUGCAAAGGAAGAUCUCUACUCUCCGCGUCAUUGGAUACAAGAUUUGGUAUGGGAUGGCGCUUAUUUUUUUACUGAGCCCAUUCUUACACGUUGGCCCUUUAGUAAGUUGGUCAGAGAAAAAGCACUUAAACUAACAAUGGAGCAUAUUCAUUAUGAAGAUGCAAAUAGUCGAUAUAUGGACCCUGCGUGUGUGGAAAAGAUUUUAUGUAUGCUUGUUUGUUGGGUGGAAGAUCCAAAUGGAGAUGCUAUUAAGAAGCAUCUUGCAAGGGUUCCAGAUUAUCUGUGGCUUUCAGAAGAUGGAAUAACCGUACAGGCUUCUGGUAGUCAAANUUGGGAUGCAGGCUUCAUGGUUCAAGCUCUUUUAGCUACUGACCUAAUGGAUGAGUUUGGUCCCACACUUGCAAAAGCACAUGAUUUCAUUAAGAAAUCUCAGGUUGAAGAUAAUUCGUCNGGAGAUUUUAAGAAAAUGUAUCGCCACAUUUCGAAAGGNUCAUGGACCUUUACUCACNNGGACCAUGGAUGGCAAGUUUCUGAUUGCACUGCAGAAUGUUUGAAGGUGACCUUAUCACAAACAACUUAAUUUGUUCAUCUAUAACUUA